UUCGCCUUAGCUGUCAGAAUAUUAAUUUUUUCAAGUUAUCACUUUAUGGUGAAUAACAUCAAUAAAUAAAUAAAAGCAAAAAUCAGUAAAAAAGUACUUUCUGAAUAAAAUUAAACAAUAAUUUUGAAAUUAAAUCAUUAAAAAAACAAAAUGUUAAAGAUUUGUGCAAUUGGUUGUCCACAAGGCAAUUCUCUUUAUAGAUUUCCUUGCACAGAAAAAGACAAAGAAAGAAGAAAGUUAUGGUUGGACUAUUUUGAUAUGGAGGAACCAAAUACUAAGAAUGUCUUUGCUUGUGAACGACACUUUUCACAAUUCCAAGCCACUCCAAAGGGUAUUAAAAGAGAUGCUGUUCCAGAUGUACCAAUUAUAUACAAUAAUCCAAAUCCUCCAUUCAGAAGAAAAACCAAAAAUUGGAGGCAAAAUGUCACUGUCGUCACACCACGAGAUCCGGAAUAUAUAAUAUAUCGUAAACAAACUGGAGUUUUUAAGCAACAGUUAAAGGAUAAAUCUAACUUAAAAUUACCCUUUAUAAAAACGAUAGCUUGCUCAAUGUCAACGCAAACUAAUACACGUCUCUGUGGCUUGGUGCAAGUUUCAGAAUUUGUAGACGAUUUCCGUCUUAAUUGUUUCUAUUGUAAUGAAAAUUUUCCUUUAGAAAAAUGGUCCAAAUUUGUUCAACAUUUGAAAGAGAAUCAUUACGAAGAAGAGGAGGCAUUUAAAAAUUUUAAAUAUUUCUCAAAAGAACAUGACUAUACGCCCAUAUUUACCACGUCUAAUAAGAAAUCGAAAACUCAAACUUCUCAAGCUAAUAAUAAAGUUUCAGCACUACAAACUUCAGGUCUAAGCGGUACUUCACAACAAGAAAAAUCCUAUAUUAGAUCAACUGAUAUGUUCGUAACAGAAACACCACCUUUAGAACCAGUCCCCAUAAUUGCAACGCCUUUAUUUGCAAAUUCGCCCGAACCUAUAGAUAAAUCAUUUAAUAUUAACCUGGCCGAUAAGCUUAUUAAACUUUUAGAUGAAACUCUUUUAAAUCCCAAUUUUCAUAAUAACGAAAAGCAGAACUUGACAGUAGCGAACAAUUUAGAAAAUUUAAAUAAUUUUAUUGCAACUAAAAGCUCAGAGCUUACACCAAUGACAAAUUGCUCUAUUAAAGAAGCAGAGGUGGUAAAAAAACCGAAAUUAGCAAUUACCUUUAAAGGUACACGACCUGUUUAUUCUCUUAAUGGAGUUCAACAAAACAUUUUAUCUAGAAGAAAUUCAUUUUCAUAUGCUGCCAAGAAUCGUACAGUAAAAAGAAAAAAUAACGGAAAACCCAUUGAGUCUAUGGGUGCAAUCGAUGAACCACAAUGUUCUAAUAAUGAGAAAGUAAAAGGUGAUAUUAAGGUGAUUUCUUCGGGUAUAUUUUAUUUAAAGGAUAACAGCAGCAGUACCUUUACAAAAAGGCAAAAAUCAACUAAAACUGCUUUAAGUCGAUGUCUUAAAAGAGUUAAUACUAUGGAAAUACAAACACCAACAGACGAAAAAGAAGUGGGUAAACCAUUUUCAUUAAAAAGUCUUCAGCAAAAACCCCAAGUGCUUGUUUUCGAAUACACACCACCUUGCAUAAUAGAUUCUCUACUUGAUAGCAUGAAAAACUAUCCAGUUUUAUGGCAAUUUCAUGAUAAACCACUCAAUAAAGAAUACAAUAAAGCGAUUGAAGAUUUAUGUCAAAUAAUCAAUGGCAAAUGGUCUCUGCAAUUAGAUGCUAUACAAAUGAGACGCAGUGUGAAUCAUGUCUUGACAUUUUAUCGUUAUUUGUUGCCCUGCGAAAACAUAAAAAGAUUUAAACAUUAUUUUGAAAAAUGUGCCCACUUUUUGCCUUCAACUGUUCAAGAAAUCCCAAACGCUCGCUGUUAUCUUUGUGAUUCAUGCUACAAAACCAAUUUGGAGUUGAGGCAACAUAUGCAGGAGCAACACGAAGCUAUAAAAUGGCCUCAUAAGUGUCGUCAGUGCCAUGAACGUUUUAGGCAGACUGAUGAAUACCAGCUGCACAAACUUCUGCCUCAUUAUGUGGAAAUAUUUUCCUGUGAAUUGUGCAAUAAGCGUUUCAGUCGUCAUCAUUUAUAUCAAAAACAUUUACAACUGCACGAGCAAAUUCAAAUAACCGAAAGUGGUAGUUUUAAAUGUAACAUAUGCAGCAAGGAAUUUAAAAGCAAUAGUGAAUUAAGAUCUCAUAGCAUCUAUCACGGCGAGAAAAAAUACCCAUGUCAACUAUGUUCAAAAAGCUUUUUUAAUAAUACUGCUCUAAAGGUGCAUUUAAAAAGGCACCGCAAACAAUUGGACUUUGUUUGUGAAGUGUGCGGUAAGGCUUUUCUUCAUCUGGCCUAUCUCAAUGAACACUUGGAAAGGCAUACGGGCGCCAAGGUCACUUGUAAUAUUUGUAAGUUAAAAAUGAGAAAGUGUAGUUUAUUGCGCCAUUUGCGUACAGUGCAUGUGGCCUGCGAGGGGACCAUUGAAACUACCUUUAGAGCGAAAAAUCAUAAUUACAAGAGAUUACUAAGACCAAGUCGUUAUUUCAAAAAUUCUAAAAGAGGAAAAGAAGUAAUGCCACGUCAAUAUGUGUGUAAAAUGUGCAACAUACAUUUUGAUCGUCUCAAAUUCCUCAAGGACCAUAAUAUCCAAUUUCAUUCGGAUCUUCAGAAGUGGCCGUGUAAAAUAUGUACAUCAGAAUUUAGACGUUUACAAAAUUUGAAACUUCAUUAUCGUGAAAAACAUAAACUACAUGUUUAUCAAAUUUAUAAACUAAUCGAUAAUAAUGAAGAUGUACCCACGGUAUUAGCCAUCAAAACGGAAGAGAUUGAAAAAAUAACCGAAACUUUAGCAUAUACUUUAAACUGUCCUAGUACGGCAAAUAAUGCACGUUAUCAAACAAAAAGAAUCAAAACAGAUCCCUCAGCGGGAGAGAUAACUAUUGAAGAGGAAAGAAUGCAAGGAUCUACAGCAAUACAAGGUGAAAUAAUGCAAGCUGUUGAUAACAUCACAAAGAAAGAAGUAAUUAAUGUCGAUGAUGAUCAUACAAUGACGAAUUUUUUUAAUUAUAUUUUAAAACAACCCUAAAGGUGAUAGAGAUUAAUAUGGGAUUAUGAAUCUGUUUGGGUGUUAUUUGUUGUAAUUUAUGAAAUUAUUUUGCUUAUUUUGUUAAUUCUGUUAAACGCUUUAAAAUAAAUCAUAUUUAACAAACUUC